AUGGCCGACUAUAACAACGACGACCAGCAGAACCGCGACACCUUCUACGACGUCCACCUCGGUGGUGAGAAGGCUGUGAUCGACGAAACCAUCGACAACGCGAUGGAAGAAAUCAUCACAGACGGCGCUGCUAGGCUUAGCACCUCGGAGCGGCGCCCGAACAAGAAGAAAUCCGCCGGCGCUGACGUUCCAGUCGGCGCAAGCGAGAACGCUGUCAGGGACCUUUACAUCGAGCGUUUCGAGUCCCUUGACAGCGAGGGAAAGUAUCGAGCCAUGGUGAGGGAACACCAUGAUUCGAUCUUUGUCGACGUCGGAAGCAACUUUAGCUUGUACACGCCGAAGAAAGCAGCCCCCGGUAUGAUAUCGUCGAUGGAAAUGGCCAUUUGCUGCAAACACCAACCUCGUGACGAAAAUGCAACCGCUAUCUAUGGGCAGGUCCAUGGAAUCCCGAUCCAGUGUGUGAGCGGGUCCAAGGCUCACCAAGCCAUGGCCAUGGCAAUGCAGGCCAAGAGUGACAACAACAUCGUCAUAUCGAUACCUAUGAAAAAGGGUCAAAGCAUCGAAAACAAGCGGGCAGAGAUUCUCAAAUUCAAUCGUGCGGUCGCUGCCAUCAUUGAUGGUGCCUUGGCAUCGGCCAAUCAAUCUGUUGGCCUUCCGGCAUCAGGACAACAGGACAGGGACGACCAGCAGCGCCCAUACGUUCCACCCCACGAGCACAUCAUGGAUAAUCACGAGACGGUUCGAGUCCGCCAAGUGCAGAAGAAGACAGAGCAACGUGUGGUUAACGAAGACACACACAACGAUGACCGUGCUACUACUGGCCGUAACGACGGAGAGAAAAAGCCAGCCAAGCCAACACAGCCUGCGGCCGGCGUAUUCCGGCCGAAUAAACGAUUAAUAGAUGCGUCGAAGGAUAAAGCCAAUAGUGGACUGGACAUGUAG